AUGACGAAAAAAGGUCAUGUAUGCGACACGCGACGACAAAUAGCCACGGCAACGCAAACUGAUCGAACGACCGCCACGCAAACGGAAAACUUCGCUCGAAGUCGUAGCGAUACCGAGGACAUGGACGAGGAUUCGCGCACUCGGCGAAAAUCAAAAUCGAAAGGAAAAGUCGAGACAAAGGAGAAUUUCAAGCAAACAAAGAAGACGAUUUGGGUCAGAACACCGAUACCCGAGGAAAGUUCAGCGUUGAGUCCGAGCAAAAGAAGAUCGUCUCCGAGCAAAAGAAGAUCGUCUCCGAGCAGCACGAAAAUCGAAGUCACGGAGAGUAGCCGAAAAGUUUCCGUGUCACCGGAUGUUUUGAAGGAGUUUUCAAGUUCAUUGAAAUCGAACGAUUCCGAUGUCGAGGAAGAAAAGGGCAAGUUUUCCAAGACAUGCUCUGACGUCAAAUCCGCUGUUAAACAAAAAAUGCCAAAAAUAAUUUCCCGAAAUAUCACCGUUCAAAAGAAGAAAAUUAAAGAAUCUACUGUAAAUAAUAGCUCGACCACCUCGUCUCCCGAUGGUAAGGAAAAAAAUAUCUUGACGAAAAGUAAAAUACGUAAAAAACCCGUAAAACCUCCGAGAAAGAGAUUAGAAAAAAAAUUAGAGCUGGAAAAAAGUAAUUUCAUGGAGCCAAGUUUUAAGGUUUUAGAACGAGAGCUCAGUAAUUUUCAGCAAAAAGUUCGCCAGUUUAGUGAUGAUAAAUUAAAAAUGCUUAAAAAGAGAGGAAGCAAAACAGAGAAGGAGUCGGAAGAUGAUAGUGCAGCCACUUAUAAUAUAACGAAAAAAUCCGAGGUAAUGCUACGGCGCACGACUCGUAGUCUAUCAAGAGAAACUAGCCCUACGAAAAUAACAGUUGAAGAAAAAACUCAAACAUUGGAAGAAGGGUCUAAAAUAACAGAGAGAAAAUUAGUUAAACAAAAACACGUUGCAAGUUCCGAUCAAGAAAGUAGUGAUAAAUCUAAAAAACAAUCAUCUAGCAGUGAAAAACAAAAAAGUCAAGAUGAAACAACUCAUGCUAUAUCUAAAAUCGAUUCUCAAUUACAAAAAGAAAAACAGCAAAAUGAUAUUGUUAAUAAAUCAGAUCAUGAAGAACUUGAUAACACUGAAAUUGUUUCAAUUAUGAAAAGUGAUUCGUCUCCUGUAAAAUCAAAACAAAACUCUGACUCAUCAAAAACAAUGAAUGAAUCACCAGUAAAAAAAAGUAAAUCAACUACAGUUCAAAGGACUGAAAAGAAGAUUUCACAAAAGAACAAAGUAUCACCGAUUAAAAACAAAACUGUUAGCGAAUGGGACAAAAGAAAAUCAAAACGAGGAAAUUCACGUUUUACAUCAAGUGACGAUAGUAAAAUUUCCUCCCCAAGAAAAAGCAUAGGUAGUAUGAAUAAAAAAUCAGCUACAUCUGAAGAGGAAAAAUCGAACCCAGAAACAAAAUCAAUAACUACGAAAGAUUCCCCUACCUUCGAUCAAAAUGCAUUUCUUGAAAACGUGAAAAGUGUAGUUGAACAAGAAGUCACUAGUUUGAUUCAAAAAGCAAAAGAGACUGUGGCCAAUCAAUUAUCUAGCAGUUUUGAAAAUAAUGAAAAAAGUGAAGUUCCUCAAUCUCCUUUAAAAACUGAAAAAGCUAAAACGUUCAAAAGCAAUAGUCAAAAUAAGAAACAAGACAGUGAAAAAUCAAAGAGUACAAAUGAUGCACAAAAAAAUAAGAAAAAAUCCAUGAGUGAUAAAUCUUCUUCAGAUAAUCCCAAAUCAGAUGAUGCAAUAUCUUUCAUCGUAAUUGAAAAGAACAAAACUGCAGCGAAUGCAGCCGAGUACAGAACAAGUAAUGCAUCUAUGGCUAAUCAAGUUUUGGAAAAGAAUGAGAAUUUAUUGAGUGAAAAAAUUGAAAAAUCUGAAUCUUUGGAAUCAAGUAAGACCGACAAAACACUUGAACAUGUAAAUAAUGCAAAGGAUUCAGAUGAAUUUAAAGAAGAUCAACAAAAAGUAGGGCAAAAUAUAUCAACAGAGUCUAAUGAAAGUGAGACUAUUCCUUAUCAAAUACUUGAAGAAACAGUGUUAAAUGAAAACAAAGAUGAACAAACGGAUAGUGGAAUUCAAAUGAAAUUGAAUGAUAUUUCAGGUGAAGAGCCAUUGAGUACUAAUCAAAUUUUCGAUACAAAUCAAGGAAUUGAAAUUACCGACCCAGUAAUUACUGUAAUUUGCGAUGAAAAACAAUUACCUGUAAACUCGCCAAAUCCAGUUAAAGAGUCGAUAAAAACAGAAUUGGAAAAAAAUAAAGAAAACAAAUUAAUAUCAGAAAAUUCACAACAAAUUGAAGAAAGUAUUAAACCAUCUAUAGAAUUCGACGAAGCAGAAAAAAUAGCCUCUGAAAUUGUUGAUGAUACACUGAUGAAGGUUAAUAAUAUAUUAAAAAUAAAUUCAUUGGACGAUAUGAUCGAUAGCGCGCAAACAACUUCUUGUCCUAAUGAAAAUCAAAUAUCGGUAUCUGACGUCAAUUCAAAUCAGACUAAUGAAAAUAUCGGCGAGCCCAGUAAAAUUCCUUUACGAGUGGAUACUUCCGUGAAUGAUAAUAAUGAUACCCAAAAUCAAAUAAAUAUGAAAAAUUCGUUGAGUGACAAUGAACAAUCUCAAAAUUUAACCAAUAGUGAUUUACUGUACAAUAGAAAUGUAAUUAAUAUAAGAAAUGAUGCCGGAGAAUCAUCGAGUAUGUUACCAACUUAUAAUCCAAACAAUAUAAAUGACUCGAAAUCGAAUAAAACAUCAAACUCGAAACAAGAUAAAUCUGAUUCGCCGAGAAAGCAAGCGGGUAAUAAAAAAGAGUCAACCUCGCCGUCAACCCAGCCUGAAAAAUGUCGCGAGCUUCCUUUAAAACUUUCUCAAUCAAAUCAGUUUCAAGGUCAAAGUUCUAAAGUUUCGCCAACGCAAUCUUUGCCGAAAAAGAAAGUCAACCAUCAGCCACAGCCGCUGCAGCAGCAGCAGCAGCAGCAGCAGCAGCAGAUAAAAGAAAGUCUGGAAAAAUCGUCCUUUCCAAAGAGUCCAAUCAAACUUCCUCAGCGUAAAUCAGAUUAUCCACCUGCACCACUUUUCAGUGUGACGGAUGCAACGGGCUUCGGCAUAGACGACAGCGACGACGAGGACGACGACGACGACUCAUCGUGUGCAAGUGACAUGUCGAACAAAACCGCUUUACAUACGCGGCCUUAUGGUACGCCUAGACAUUCAAUUUCAUCCGAUGGAGAGGCAGUCGAUGUCGAGGGAGCAGCGGCAGCAGCAGCAGCGACUAAGCCUUGCCAAAAGUGGAGCUUAGAAAGCGAGCAAACUCCGGGUACGCAGAUGAAGACGGCAAUAUUUCCCCAGAAAAUAGAGGUGCCGCCGAUAGAUAAACCAAAAUAUCCUUCCGGGAAAGCGAUGAGCAUGGAUCAACCGAGGUCGCCCACGAAAAAGAUUCGCACAGAUUCGUCGAAAUCUAUGGGAUUUACUGAAGCGACGACGACGACGACGACGACGACGCAAAAGACUGCCGAUGCGAAAACUCGCACGGAUCAUCCUCGAAUACGGCCCGUCAUCGUCGGAGCAAAGCGCAAAGAGCAGCACUACAGAUCCGAUCGAUUUACAAGCCGCACCGAGUCCUUUCGAAAGAUAUCCGAGUCCGGAAAAAUCGAAGAUAGCAGUGGCAACAUCCGACAGCAGCACCAGCAGCAUCACCAGCGGCGCGUCGAAAUUCGCUCGAAACAUUUGAAGCUUCACGUGAGCCAUCACUACAGGCAGACCCGCUCGGACGACGAUAAUAAUAAAAGCGGCAGCGGAAGGUUGAGCGAUGCGUCGUCUCUGCAAGAGAGCCCCCCGCACGUAGCGGCGGCGGCGUGCAACAGAGAUCCGGAAAUUACGAAAGCCCGUUCGCGUUACAUGGCUUGGUAUCAGGAAAAACGAGCAGAGGCGGAAAAGCGAAAGAGGGAGAAAAAAGAAGCCGAGGUGGUGAAAGAGCAAAGGCAAAGGCCUCUGAGAAGGCAGAGAGGAGCUAAAUCAGCGGACGAGCAUUCGCGAGCGGAGGAUGCCGAAGACAAGAACUCGAGAUCGCGCGAGAGAGCCAAGUCGCUAUCCGCGGCGUCGCAUCAAUCGAACGCGUCGUCGUCGCAGCAGCAGCAGCGCAUAAGCCGGCUACGAAUCAGGCCACUGGUGAACGUCGAGUCGGAACAGCUGAAAGCCAUCGUGCGCCAGGGUCGUAAAUUACGCAAGGCCGAGGCCGGUGGCCGUUGCGGCAAGGAGGACCCACCGGUGCAGAUCUUCGCGCCGCAAAAGCCACCGCGCGAGGCCGUGGACGCCUGCCUCGAGCGCAGCCUGCACAUAGAGCCGAGGCAUCAUCUGGUCCAGCACUCCGAGUACAAGUACGAGCGGAUAGUGCAAACGAUGCCGUUCUACCUGCACCAGCAGCCGCCACCGGUGCCGCAUCCGUCACCCGAGGCUUUUCAGGAUGACUCGUCGGAAGGUCGGCGUCCGGACGACGAUUUGGAUUCGGGGAUCGCCGUGUCGAUGCAGAGCGAGGGCAAAACGACAACGACGACGACGCGUCUGCGACAUCAGCAGCUGCUGGACAAAAAGAGCGUCUUCGACAUAGCUUACAGCGGAGCGUCGCCGACGCACUUGCGCUCCGACAGCAACAGCAGCACGCCACCGACCUAA